CGCUAAAAAAUCCAGUCCCCUCGAUCUCCCCCUCCUCCCUCUCCUCUGCGCCCGCCUCCGUCCGGGAUCAAACCCCCCUCCCCCGCGAGCUCCUCCUCGAUGCGCGGCUCUCUCGAUCCCGAUCCAUUCAGAGGGGCUGCCCCUUCUCUCCUCGCUCGCCGCUUGGUCGUAGAAAAGAAGUCCGGGCAAGGGACAUGGCCGCCGCCAGUGGCAUUUUCCCAUCGCGCCUCGAUUUGGCCGGCUCGGCGGAGGCGCUCGCGGCCUGGAGGGUCGGCGGAGCGCCUCACCUUGGCCUGGAGGCUGGCCGCCAUGGAGCUCGCCUCGGCCUAGAACUGGGGCUCGACGGGGCCUCCCGGCCCAGUUCAUUGCCGCAGCCGUCUCGGCUGUGCACGCCGGCGUCGUGACGUGCUGGCCAGGCACUGGUUGCUGCCUCACCCGACCCCAGCGUGCUUGCAGGCCUCUCCGGCAUCUCUGCUCCUGGUUCGCUCUGUUUACUCGUGGACGCCAAAGGGGGUCGUGACCCCCCCUCCAAAACUGUAUUUUGUUACUAAUUACUAAGCGUUUUGGUGCAGCCCAUCCGUGGAUCAUCUCUUGCCAAUUUAAUUAUUAUCUACAUUGUUUUUUGAGCAUUAGAUCCAUUAACUGAAAGGUAUAGACGUACUCUGUAUGUACAAAGCUUGUGUUGUUAAGAUGACAAAUCGACGACUGCCGAUGAGACGACUGCCAUAUGUUCGAUUACCUUGUGAAAUCAUGUCAUUCGUAUAAGUUUUUAUGCAUAUUUUUCUGCCAGCUUAAAAGUUGCCCCCCCUAUAGCUUGUCACGGUACGCCACUGGCUGUUUGAGCACCACUAUGUAGAUAUUAGAUGAUAUAUGUGCGUCAACAGAGCAGAGGAUUCAGGUUUAGUCAUCCUCUGCAUUGCAUUUGAUUCAGAUUACUAUAAGAUGAUUUUUAAUAGAUAUUUGGUCUUAAAUGAGUCACAUUGGAAAUGUUUUUUCCUAUUGAUUCAGAGUAGUAUUUUCAUGAACAACCUAUCACUGAUACAUCGCCUUUCAUGUUCAUUCACAUAUGCUUAAUACUUCUGAAUAAUGUACGUCAAGAGAACCUAGGGUUCAGGUUUAGUGCAUCCUCUGCAUGUUCUACAGCUUGACCUUGAGCUUCAUUCAGUUUGAGCUGCCUCAAAUUUUAAUAUGAGUUAAACUGAUUUGAUUUUAUGCCUGCUUAAUGUAUUGCGUUUCUUCUUACAUUGACUCAAAAUUUUAUGUCUGGUUUACCUACACAAGGGCACAAUGAUGAAUUUUACGGAGGAUGCUCCUGUAAAGAAAGGCUCUGUUAUCUUAACAAGGAUGGAAAGUAUAACGGCAUACAAAAACCAACGUGGACAACCCAGAUCUGGAACUCCAGAACAAUCUGACACUCCAGUGUCUGCUAAUGACAUGUGUUCCCUUGCUGAAUGGCCAUCCCAUGCUCGCCGCAACCGUGCACUACUACAGGAUGCUGGUGGACAGAAGAAGAAAGGGCGAGGUGUUCUAAAAGGUUUUAAAGCAUCUAAGAAGCGUUUUGCCAAUGGAUCUGCAAAGCUAAAUAUUACAUUCUCUGAAAAAUUGGGUGGUACAGUAGGAAUGAACUAUCGUUCGUUCAAGGAUGACGUGGUAGUCGUAAUGAAAAGAAAGUUACCACUCAUUGGAGUGAGGACGUGGUCGGACAUUCACCCUACCAUUCAUCGACUCAUUAUUGCAGACAUGAUAGACAGAUGGGACUUGGAAGAUACACCAGAAACAGAAGAAAAAGUUCUCAAAAUUGCGAAAGAGCGAUAUAGAGGCUGGCGAUCAACUCUAAGCUCCACUUACAAGGCAUACAAAACAGAUGCAGCUAGAUUGGCUAAUCUGCCGGAAGAUUUGCAACCAGAAGAGUGGGAAUGGAUGAUUGAGUACUUUGGCACUGAUUCAAAAUUUCAGGAUCGCAGCCAAAAGAAUGCCGAUAACCGCAAGAAACAGAAGACAAAACACAUAAUCGGAUUAAAAUCUUACUCGCAAGUUAGUUUUGAGAAGAGAAACUUGGAAACUGGAGAAGAGCCAGAUUGUAUUGCUCUGUGGGAACUCACCCACACGAACGAUGGAACAUGGUCUAACACAGAUUCCCAGAAAGUUUACGACAAAGCACUUCAAGAGGUUAAAAUCAAAGAAACUGACACUGAAGGUCCACUUUCAAGUGAGCAGAAAAACAAUAUUUUCCAGACCGCUUACAAAGACACUCUGGAAUGCAAGUCAUCGCAGCCUCGUGGGUACGGAUACAUGGCCAAAACUUCAACUGGUUCUGAAAGGUUUCGUAUCCAGAUCGAAGAGCAAGCUCAUGCUACAGCAGCCACCCAGGAGCGAAACUCUCAGCUCAGCCAGCAGGUCAACGAAUUAGAAGAUCAACUACAAGCUGAACGUGCAAACACACAAGAGAGGAUUAACUUGGAGUGUGCUGAGAGAGAACAACUUGAGGAGAGGUUAAAAGAAGAGUGUGCUGAAAGGGAAAGAUUGUUGCAAGAGGAGCGAACAUCAAGACUGGAAUUUGAAAGAAACAUGAUGGCAAAGUUUAUAGAAUUGAGCCAACAGAUGGGAACCCAACAGGUGCCUACGAAGAGGGUUGACAAAGAAAAUAGUAAUCCAAACUUGCAAAAUAUUCUUUUACAGAGAUCUAGUCCUAAUAAGACUCCAGGUUCAAGGCCAACUGCUAUUUCUUCAAAUGCGCUCAUACAAGCUGCAACAAGGCAUUCUCGAAUGUUUAAAGCAAUGGAUCCAAAGAACUAGCUGGAUUGGACUCUAGAUCACGGGCAGUUUAGUCUUCGAAGUUAAUUAGGAUGGCUAAAUUACAUUUGAGUUUUAUUUGAUGGAUAUUUGCUAUGAGAAUUAUGAAUUUUAUGAAUCUGCAUAUUAUACGUAUGGUUUUGAAUAUUGUAAUCGAAAGCCUGUAUUUUUUUACGGUUGCAAUAGACUAUUACCACAACCCACUUUCGGUUUCCACAUGCUAGCACCACUAAAGAUAUAGUGUUGCGUUAUAUCUCAUUCGCUACGCCUAUCUGUUUUGUUGCACUAGGAUGUUGCAACGGAGCACUUUAUAUUGUUGUAAUAGCUUGGUGCCACAAAAAAUUUCAUGAUGCGAUAACAGU